UGGCGCCUCCCCCACACCUGAGCUUAUGGAGAAGUUCCUACGCGACUGGCGAAAAGACGCCCUAGAUAAGCACCAGCAUGACUCUGCCAUUUUCAUUGGCGACAAGCUGCUCGCUAUAACCAACAGUGACCAAGAUGCCCAAUGGCUGGCCAAGGCGCACUUCGAGACCGGAAACUACGCGCGAGCCCAAAGCAUCCUCUCUCAAAUACUAUCGAAACCGGACGCUGGCGCAAACAAUCCAUCAUGCAAAUACCUGGCCGCCCAUUGCUGUAUAAAACAGAACAAGUACGAGGAGGCCAUGUCUAUCCUUGGUGAAAAGAACCCCGUGCACCUUAUCACCGGCCCGGACAAUGCUCGCAAAAAACUUCAGCACGUAUCUACCGACACCCGAAAUGCCACGAGUAGGUCGCAUCACCACAAGUCCGGCUUGCGCAGCGAUCGUGUGGAUCGGAGUGAAGAGCGCGAAAAGGAAGACCUCUCCAACAUCAAGGCUGAAGCCUCAAUGUGUUAUCUGAGAGGCGUCUGUUUCGCGAAGCAGAACGCUUUCGACCGGGCCAAGGAAUGCUACAAGGACGCUGUACGCAUUGAUGUGCAGUGUUUCGAGGCGUUCGAUCAAUUGAUGAAGAACUCUCUCAUGUCUCCAGAAGAAGAAUGGCAAUUUUUAGAAUCCCUCGACUUCGAAACGAUACCCGCGAGUGAUCCUUCAUCGGCACAAGAGGCGGCCGAGUUUACUAAGAUGCUCUACAUCACACGCCUUUCCAAAUAUAAGAAUUCAGACCAGUUCACGGCUGCAACGGAGGCGCUCUCGACGCACUAUAAGCUCGGCAAUAAUCCUGACAUAUUGCUUUCAAAGGCCGAGCAGUUGUUCACUCAAUGCAAGUUUCACGAAGCGCUUCAGCUGACCUCCACGAUUCUGGAAAAAGACAAGUACAACUUUACUACUCUGCCCAUUCAUCUGGCCUGCCUGCAUGAACUCAACCUGAAGAAUGCGCUCUUUCUGCUUUCGCAUGAUCUAGCCGAUACUCACCCCGACGAGCCGACCUCCUGGCUUGCAAUCGGAGUGUACUAUCUCACAAUCAACCGAAUAGCUGAAGCGCGCCGCUAUUUCUCCAAAGCCUCAAUGAUGGAUCCACACUUCGGCCCGGCGUGGAUUGGCUUCGCACACACCUUUGCGGCUGAAGGCGAGCAUGACCAAGCAAUCUCCGCUUACUCGACCGCAGCCCGUCUGUUCCAAGGAACUCACCUGCCACAGCUGUUCCUAGGCAUGCAGCAGCUCCAGCUGCACAACCUAUCUCUAGCCCAGGAAUACCUCAACACAGCCUACCAGCUCUGCCAAGACGACCCUUUGCUCUUGAACGAACUCGGAGUCGUCUUCUACCAUCAGGACCACCUCACCGCGGCCAUCAAAAUCUUCAACAUGGCUCUCGAGACGUCAGAAAAGCUUUCUCUCGCCCCCGGCUCGCCUUCGUUACUUGCCACCCGCACCAACCUUGGCCAUGCAUAUCGCCGCUCUCAGGACUACCAAAAGGCUCUCGAUUGCUUCGAUUCGGUACUUAGGCAGGGCGGAAAGGACGCAGGAGUCUUCUGCGCCAAGGGCAUAGUCCUGCUUGAGCUAGGUCGUGCGUGGGAUGCGGUAGUGGCGCUGCAUGAGGCGUUGGCCGUGAGUCCGCAGGACCCUAUCGCGACAGACCUGCUGGGCCGGGCUUUGGAAGCAGUGGAGAACGUGGACCUCAUGGGACAAAGCGAAGAGGAAGAGGUCGAUCGGAAACUACGAGGAAGCAAGGGCGAGGUCAGGCGGCGCAAUCAAAGGAGGAAACGGGUGCUGCAGCUCGAGGACGCUGCGCAUGAGGGUGUCGGGGAGAGUAUGCUGGUCGAUGAGAAUGAAACUUGACGACUGAUGCGGCGUGUCUAGGGUUUGGCAUUGCGUGGCGUUGCGGUGUGGGGUAUACUGUCUGUCGUGGACUACUUGGGUACCGUCCUCAGACCUUUGGAAAUCAAAGCUUCUUGUGUCUGUUCCCUCGGUGUGCAGGCGACGGGGCUUUCACGGUUGUUGAAUUCGAGUGCCCGUUUCUCUGGGGGUUAAUUGCCGUUAUCAACCGACACUAUUCUUACAACCUGCCAUCAUAAUAUCGUAUACGGAUCCUCGGAACCCUACUCUACAAGCUCUCUGGCGGCUGUGUAAUCUUGGUCAAAUGAUCACCAUUCAGCUCUUUCAUGAUCCUACCCAGCCCCUCAUGGCUAUAGUCUUUCUCAUUCCACAUAUCCUUAUGAUACCGCACCUUGCCCUGC